UUUCUGCCUACCGCCGACCCCAAAGUACUCCGCAGCCAAGCAGGAGGGAACUAGAAUUCUCUGCCUCGGGAGGGUUCUACCUGGCAGAGGCCCUAGUCUCGAAACCCCACAGGGUUAGAGGCGGGGAGCAGGAAGCGGAAGUUACGUAACAGUGCGCCGUUCCUUCCGUGACGCCGGCUGUUCGCGCUUGAGAGCCUUUUUGCUUUCGGAGUUGGGGCCCAUCUGGCGUUGGUGAGUUCCGCGGAGAUGAGGUGACGUUGGGUGAAGGACGGGUUUGGCCCGGACCUUAGCGAGGCUUUGCCCGCCUGGCUUGCGUUCGUCGGUGCCGCUUGCUUCCGCUCGGUUCGUCAUUCCCCGGGAGGAGCCGGGUCGCUAGUUGCGGUGUCCUCAGGGUGUUUUCAUCCACCGCGCUCUCCUCUCCAAAGGUCUCCAAAGCAGCAUUUGUGAAUUUUUUUCCAGCAGGAAAAUGAUUUCCGCUUUUUGCAUCCACCUUAGCUCCGUCUCCAGGGUCCUCCCGAUUCAGGGACCUGGGGAUUUUUGUGUUCUGGAAUCCCAAUAACCCUAUAUAAAGAGGAAUGGAGAUUGCUGCUGUCCAUUUAGAUUAAUGAGCUGUCCUGAAGUGAUGUUGGCAUCAAUGAAAGCAGGGUUCUGGCACAUUCUCACCUCACAGGAUGGCAGCUGUUGAUUUGUCCCAUGGACAUUAUCUUUCUGGGGACCCAGUUUGCCUUCAUGAAGAAAAGACAGCAGCAGGAAGGAUAGUGGCUGGCUGCCUAACAAAUUGUUAUCAGGAUUCAGUGACCUUUGACGAUGUGGCUGUGGACUUCACCCAGGAGGAGUGGACUUUACUGGACCCAACUCAGAGAAGCCUCUACAGUGAUGUGAUGCUAGAGAACUACAAGAACCUGGCCACAGUAGGAUGGGAAUUGCAGCUUGAAACCCAAUGGUCUACACUUCAGCAGAACUGUUUGAGGGGUCAGACAUCCAUUGGGGUACAAUUGGAAGGAAACCACAAUGGAGGGAAACUUUUGGACUGUGAGCAAGGUGGAGAAGUCUUCAGUGAACACUCAUGCCUUAAGAUGCACAUGAGAACUCAAAGUACAGGGAACACUCAUGACUAUGAUCAGUAUGGAAAAGAUUUCCUUAUUCUGCAUGAGAAAACCUCUACUGGUGAGAAACUGUCUGAGUUUAAUCAGAGUGAAAAAAUCUUUAGCCUGACACCAAAUAUUGUAUGCCAGAGAACUAGCAUACAAGAAAAGUCGUUUGAAUGUAGUCACUGUGGAAAAUCCUUCAUUAAUGGGUCAUACCUUCAGGCACAUAUGAAAACUCACAAUGGAGCAAAACUCUGUGAAUGGAAUGGGCCAGGUUUUAUUGACUCCACAAACCUUUCAGUGCUUAUAGAAACCCUCAAUGCAAAAAAGCCCUAUAAAUGUAAGGAAUGUGGAAAAGGCUAUAGAUACCCAGCCUACCUCAGUAUUCACAUGCGAACCCACACUGGGGAGAAACCCUAUGAAUGUAAGGAAUGUGGGAAAGCCUUCAAUUAUUCCAAUUCAUUUCAGAUACAUGGAAGAACUCACACUGGAGAGAAGCCGUAUAUAUGUAAGGAAUGUGGCAAAGCCUUCACUCAGUACUCAGGCCUUAGUAUACAUGUACGAUCUCAUAGUGGAGACAAACCUUAUGAAUGUAAGGAAUGUGGGAAAUCCUUCCUUACAUCCUCACGCCUUAUUCAACAUAUCAGAACUCACACUGGAGAGAAGCCUUUUGUGUGUGCCGAAUGUGGGAAAGCCUUUGCAAUUUCCUCAAAUCUUAGUGGACACUUGAGAACUCACACUGAAGAGAAGGCCUGUGAGUGUAAGAUAUGCGGGAAAGUAUUCGGGUAUCCCUCAUGUCUUAAUAAUCACAUGCGAACGCACAGUGCCCAGAAACCAUACACCUGUAAGGAAUGUGGGAAGGCUUUUAACUAUUCCACCCACCUUAAAAUUCACAUGCGAAUCCACACUGGAGAAAAACCCUAUGAGUGUAAACAAUGUGGAAAGGCCUUCAGUCAUUCCAGUUCAUUUCAAAUACAUGAAAGGACUCACACUGGAGAGAAGCCCUAUGCGUGUAAACAGUGUGGGAAAGCCUUCAUAUGUUCCAGUUCCUUUAGAAUUCAUGAAAAAACACACAUGGAAGAGAAACCCUAUAAAUGUCAGCAGUGCGGAAAAGCUUACAGUCAUCCUCGUUCACUUCGAAGACACGAACGAACUCACUAGUGAGAAACUGUCCAUGUAAUAAAUGCAGGAAAGCUCUAAUUUGUUCUGAUUCACUUCAAAGACAUGAAUGAACUCACACUGGAGAGAAAAAACUAUGAAAAUUAUUUAAUUCCUGUAAUCCCAGCACUUUGUGAGGCUGAGGUGGGUGGAUCACUUGAGGUCAGGAGUUUGAGACCAGCCUGACCAGCAUGGUGAAACCCUGUCUCUACUAAAAAUUAAAAAAAAAAACAAAACCCAGGUGUGGUGGCAGGUGCCUCUAAUCCCAGCUACUUGGGCGACUGAGACAAGAGAAUAGCUUGAACCCAGGAGGCAGAGGUUGCCGUGAGCAGACAUCGUGCCACUGCACUCCAGCCUGGGCGACAGAGUAAGACUUCAUCUCAAAAACAAAAGGUAUUUGAUUAAAUUGAGACUGCCAUCCCUAUAAGAAGAGAAAGAUACAAGUGGGACAACAAAUACAGGAAAUGACAUGAGGUCAUCAGAUGAUGUCCAUCUGCAAGCCAAAGACGGAAGGCUGGAACAGAUCCUUCUAUCAAGGCCACCAACCUUGCUUGCUGACGCAUUGAUCUUGGCCUUCCAGAACUUGGAGCAAAUAAACUUCUUUUGUUUGAGCCACACAUUCUGGUGUUUUGUUGUGGCGGCUCUAGCAGGUGAAUAUGGUAAGCAAUAAGCAAAAACAUUUAUAGAUUGUCCAAAAGCCUUAAUAUUUACAUGCAAAGCCACACUGGAGAGAAACUAUAUGAAUGUAAGGCGUGGGAAAACCUUCAUUGAGUCUUCAGUUCUUUCUACACACAGGAGAAGUUACAUAGGAGAGAAAUUGUAUGAAUGUAAGGCACAUGAAAAAGCCUGUGAAUGUUCGCUCUACUUUAAUAUUCACAUACAAGUUGUCUGGUCAUAGACCAUGUGAAAAUGGGGGGGGGGGAAGGAAAGUUUCUUUUACUGUAAACUAAGGAAUCUGUGACCUUAUACACCAUAUUGGAACUUGGAGCAGACCGAGACCCUAUUAGGAUUGUAGAAGCGCGUACAUUAAUGUUUUCUACCUUCUAGAAGGUGUAAGAAGUUGAACUGGAGAGAAGCCUUCUCCCUGUAAUACAUGUAGGAGGCCUUACAUUAACUCCACAGAAUGUUUUUUUUUACACAUCUAAAAUUACCUCAAAACCCUGGGAAGGUAAGGAAUGUGGUAUAACCUUUAAAUAUUUUACACACCAUAAUAUUUACAUGAAUUCUCAUAUUUAUACUACUGUACUGUUUCAUGAGUAGUGUUAGUACCUUAUACUAUCAAAAUAUUCUAAAUCCUCCCUCUCAGACCUUCCGCCAUUACUAUAUUCCACUUAUCUGCAUAUGCACACGCACAAAACUAGCAUAUGUCAUCUAGUACAUUGUAGCUAUUUUUCAGAAGUUGUCUGUUCAAUUAAGAAUUACAAAAAUGAACAUUUUUAUUUUACCUUCACUUCCUUCUGUGCUCAAAGUUGGAUGUAAUUCUUGCACUUGAUCCUCAAAACAUAAAGCAUUUUUUCCUUCUGGCUUCUUUGAGAA